AUGUUUGGGAUUAUUAAGUAUUCUUUACUUUUUUUAAUUAUAUGUGGAAUAACUAUAAUUAGAGAUAGAGAAUUAGCGGAAAAUGAGUUGGAAUACUAUAAAUAAAUGAAUUAUGGAUUAUGGACAAUCCUAAUUCCUUUUCUAGCUUUAUUGUUACCAGUAUUUUCUUAGAAGGCAAGAAAUCAGUUUAAAGAGGAUAAAUCCUAGAACUUAAGUACCAAAAAGGAAGAAUUCGAAUAACCAAAUAUAAGUUAAAAUAACAAUUAAGAUCAUAACCUAAUGAAAAAGGAAGAAUUUGUUUAAACAGAUUUUGGUACAGAUUAAAAUUGCGAAAUGGCUACAUAAGAAAAUAAGGUAGAUGUGAAUGGAAGAGGUUAAGAUCACAUUUACACAGAUUUUCAUUAGAAUAUUUUAACAGAUCAUUAUGAGGAUAAUGAAAAAUUAUAAAUAGAGAAUAGUUAGGAGUUGAUUUUCCAAUAAAAAAGUGAACAGAUGAUAGUUGAUGAAAAGUAGAAUGAUGAAUUUGUCUUGAAUAAUUUAAGUGAUAUAUCUCAUAAAAAUAUGCUUUCUUGCAAUGAUACUGAAAGAGAAUCUGUUAAUGUAACUUCAAAUUCUAAAUUCUUUCAUACUUAUUCUAAUAGCUAUCAAAUUAAAGAUUUUAAUCAAUGUUAAGAAUAGAAUCAUGAAAAAUUAUUUAAGAUUUCCAGAAUCUUAGAAAUCAUAGAUGCCGUGCCAGUUAUUGUUUUAAAGAAAUAUGAAGAGUUUGUUUCAAAUAAUAGAAAGGAAAGAAGAAAUUUAAUUUAUAAGGAUUUCAAUAAUUUUACAGAUAUUGACGCACAGAAUUAUAUUAAACUACUUAAGAACUUAUUCAAAUUUCAUGAUAAUUUGAUAAGAAAAGGGUAAAAAUAUUAUAUUCUAAAAAACAAAAUGGAUUAUAAGCACUUUAUCAAAUCAUUCAAUAAAUAUUUAUUAGAUCCUCUAGCUUCAAAUGAAAUAUUAAGUCAUCAACGAUUUGCUUUACAAUAAUUAAGAUAUUCUUUACAAAAUAAUUAAGUGCUGCUGCAAUAUUAAGUGUUAGAGAUUUAUCAAAUUCUAAUUAAUUUAAUGUCUAACCCAAAUGAAGUUCUUAAUAAAGUAUUCUCCUAAUUUCAUAAUAAAUCAGAAUCAUUAUAUUUAAAUUCGAUAUUACAAUAUUAUUUGGAAGACUAUGUAUAUUAACAUAAGAAGGUAGAGGAUGAAGACUUUCAAAGAUACUUAAAAAUCUAUCAUAACUGUAACGAAAUUAUCAAUCUUUAAUAUAGUCUUGAUGAAAAGAUGAAUUAAUAUAUUUUUUAAUAAUAAAGACUUUUAAAUUAGAUUUGA